AUGAGAGCGGCGGGCGGGUGCCUGGUGCCGCUGCUGCUGGCGCUGGCGCUGGCCGAAGGGGACGGCCGCGGCGGGAAGGACGGCGACAGCCCGGGCAAUUUCAUGGAGGACGAGCAAUGGCUGUCCUCCAUCGCGCAGUACAGCGGCAAGAUCAAGCACUGGAACCGCUUCCGAGACGAUGACUAUAUCAAGAGCUGGGAGGAUAACCAGCCAGUUGAUGAAGGUUUGGACACUACUAAGGAUCCCUGCCAGAAAGUUAAAUGCAGCCGUCAUAAGGUAUGCAUUGCUCAGGGCUACCAGAGGGCCAUGUGUAUUAGCCGCAAGAAGCUGGAACACAGAAUCAAGCAGCCUGCCCUGAAACUCCAUGGAAACAAGGAGAGCUUUUGCAAGCCCUGUCACAUGACCCAGCUCGCAUCUGUCUGUGGCUCUGAUGGACACACUUACAGCUCUGUGUGUAAACUGGAGCAGCAGGCCUGCCUGACCAGCAAGCAGCUGACAGUCAAGUGCGAGGGGCAGUGUCCAUGUGCAACGGAGCAUAGCCCAACCUCAGCCACAGACGUCAAACAAGAGACCUGCACUGGGCAAGACUUGGCAGACUUGGGAGAUCGGCUGCGUGACUGGUUCCAGCUGCUUCAUGAAAACUCCAAGCAAAACAGCUCUGGAAGUGCAGGGGCCAGUCCAGUGAAUGUGCUGGACAAGAGCCUGGUGGCCAGUUGCAAGGACUCCAUUGGUUGGAUGUUUUCCAAACUGGACACCAACGGCGACCUUUUCCUAGACCAGACGGAGUUGGCAGCCAUCAAUCUGGACAAAUAUGAGAUUUGCAUCCGGCCUUUCUUCAACUCCUGUGAUACCUAUAAGGACGGACGAGUCUCCACUGCAGAGUGGUGCUUCUGCUUCUGGAGAGAAAAGCCUCCUUGUCUUGCGGAGCUGGAAAGAAUUCAGAUCCAGGAAGCUGCAAAAAAGAAACCUGGGGUCUUCAUUCCCAGUUGCGAUGAGGAUGGGUACUACCGGAAGAUGCAAUGUGAUCCGGGCAGUGGGGAGUGUUGGUGUGUUGACCAUCUGGGCAUGGAGUUAACAGGAACACGGAUGCAUGGGACCCCAGACUGCGAUGACAUAGUUGGGUUCUCGGGGGACUUUGGGAGUGGCGUCGGAUGGGAAGACGAGGAAGAGAAAGAGGUGGAGGAAACCGGCGAGGAGGCUGAGGAAGAGGAAGGAGAGGCAGGGGAGGCCGAUGAUGGAGGCUACAUCUGGUAGAAACAGCAACAAGCACAGUUUGGUCGGGAUGCUGGCUGAAGGGCUGGGAGGCGGCAUUCAAAACUCAAAGGAGAGGAACAGCUUGACAAGAUGAUCAGGAAACACAGUUGAAUGUAACUCACUAUGGCAGAACAUGUUGUGUGAGGGGUGUGAGUGAGUGUGUGAGUGUGUGAGUCAGUUCCCUUUAUGUGGCUGUGGGGACGAUCCACUUUCUCCCAGCUUAGCAGAGAUCAAAGCUUUUGCAAAGCAAAUUGGAGGGGGACAGUAUUCUGCAUUCUAAGCCAGGGGGGUCUUUCAUUUCAUGUCAUUUUAUGUUUUGAAUUGCUGGUGACAGAUUUCAGCUCCUAGCCAGAUGGAGAAAUACAUACCUGCCUCCCUCAUAUCUCUAACUGUGGUACCUUAGCAAUAUCCUCCAGUAAUUGAUGCACCGUUAAAUAUAAAUACCCUGGUGUGACAAAAAGCCCCUGGCAUAUUGCAGCCACAUGUGAAAACAACCAGAAGAUCUGCCUCAGUUUUCAUUAAAGCAGAAGAGGGGGGAUCACCAGGAAUUGACUGGCAAGCCAGGGACUAGGAGCAGCCCUUUUGACUCAAUGUUAGGCCAAGGACAGGAUUGGGCAAGGCCAGAUUGCACAUUGCUGGCUCCAAAUUUAGCUCAAUGGCUAACAUAUCAAAGGCCUUUUAAGAUACAUGUAGGGGGUUUCAAGAUCCUGGGCU